AUGAAACAACAACUUCAUUAGUUGAAUCAACUUCUAUCAUAUCAUAAACAACAACUAAAGUCCCAUCAACAAUUACAACUGCUAGACCUACAGAAAAAUACCUUACUGACAAUGUUUGAAGCUGCAUGUAAAAACGGCAGACUAGAAUUCGGUGAAGAAUGUGAUGACGGAGACGUGAAUUCAGCAAUGUAAUCAUAUAUCUUUCAUUAAUUUAUCCAAAGUUGCAAUGAAUACUGCCGACUUGCUACUGGAGUAAUGCACUACGGAUCACCUGGACAGAAAUCAUUUGGAUCGCUCAAUGAUUGUAGUUAAAAUACCCUCACUGUGUAGCAUUGCUAUGAUCACAAUAUCGAUAAUGGCGAUGGAUGCUCGAAUCAAUGCAAAGUGGAUCCACUUUGGAGCUGCUAUAAAGAAUUCAAAGAUGAUAAGAAUGAUUUCUAUUGCUUCAACAAGGAUUAUUAAAAUUACUAGCCGAGUCCCUCUCCUUGGUGGUGGAUCGAACCGCCUACUAAAUAUAAUAGUGACUGUAUAAAGGAUGGAGUAUUAUCAGAGUACGAGCAAUGCGAUAAUGGUCUCACAACUCAAGAAACUGGGUAUUUACUGUUUAUAUAUAACUUUAUAGCUGUGAUUUCAAUUGUAACGUAGAGAUGGGAUGGUCUUGUGUCUCAAAACUAUAAGAAAAAUCUCAUUGCUACAGGACCUGCUUAUUUGUUGGAACAAAAUGUCUAGACAGGAAUCAUUUGCACUUUGGAUUGCUAUAUUGAGUGGGGAUAUGGAUUUUCAGUUAAGAAGAUUUCGGAUGCAGAAUAUGAUUAUGAGAUAAUAACAUUUGUAUCUCAAACCACAACAUUACCAGACGAAACAACAACUUCAUCUGUUGAAUCAACUACAAUCAUAUCAUAAACAACUACUAAAGUCUCAUCAACAAUUACAACAGCUAGACCUACAGAAAGUUAGACAUCCGCGUCUACUUAAGUCACUUCAACAACCGAUAGUAUUUCAAUAACUGAUUCUCCAACGAGUCCACCUCCAAUAUCUUAAACUUCAACUAUAAUUUCAACAUAAUCUACAACUAUCACUACUAUCAGCACUACAGAAGCCCCCAGCGUCAAAUAAUGUAAACAGGCAGUUUCUCUAUUUGAUUAAACAGAAGGUACAGCAGAUUCACAAGAAGGGGAAUAGAUCACAUGUGCUAGCAUGAGUAUAUGCCCAGAUGGUUCACAACCACCCUGUAAUUGGAGAAGAAAAACGCUUACAUCCUGUCAAGAGAAAGAUUAUGCUUAAAGCAAUAAUAGAAGAUUCCUUGGAAAUAAUUCUACUGCUUAAAACUCAGCUACUAUGAGAAUAAAAACUAAUUCUUUGCCAAAUCAUUGCUUCUAGACAUAGGAAACAUCUAUAGUAAAAGAGAACGACAUUGAUUUUGAAGUUGAGUGA